AUGAAUUGUUCGUUACUCACUCUCUAUAUAAUGAAUUGUUCGUUACUCACUCUAUAUACGGAAUUGUUCGUUACUCACUCUCUAUAUGAUGAAUUGUUCAUUAAUUGUUCUCUAUAUAAUGAAUUGUUCGUUACUCACUCUCUAUAUACGGAAUUGUUCGUUACUCACUCUCUAUAUGAUGAAUUGUUCAUUAAUUGUUCUCUAUAUAAUGAAUUGUUCGUUACUCACUCCCUAUAUACGGAAUUCUUCGUUACUCACUCUCUAUAUGAUGAAUUGUUCAUUAAUUGUUCUCUAUAUAAUGAAUUGUUCGUUACUCACUCUCUAUAUACGGAAUUCUUCGUUACUGACUCUCUAUAUGCUGAACUGUUCGUUACUCGUUCUCUAUAUACUGAAUUGUUCGUUACUCACUCUCUAUAUGAUGAAUUGUUCGUUACUCACUCUCUAUAUGCUGAAUUGUUCGUAACUCGUUCUCUAUAUACUGAAUUGUUCGUUACUCACUCUCUAUAUACGGAAUUGUUCGUUACUCACUCUCUAUAUGAUGAAUUGUUCGUUACUCACUCUCUAUAUACUGAAUUAUUCGUUACUCACUCUAUAUAUGAUGAAUUGUUCGUUACUCGUUCUCUAUCUACUGAAUUGUUCCUUACUCACUCUAUAUAUGAUGAAUUGUUCGUUACUCGUUCUCUAUAUACUGAAUUGUUCGUUACUCACUCUAUAUAUGAUGAAGUGUUCGUUACUCGUUCUCUAUAUACUGAAUUGUUCGUUACUCAUUUUCUAUAUACUAAAUUGUUCGGUAGGCAUUCUAUAUAUAAUGAAUUGUCUGUUACUAGUUCAAUCUAUACCGAAUUCUGCGUUAUUUAUUCUCGAUAUUGUUUGUUACUCGUUCUCUAUAUGUGGAAUUAUUUGCUACUCAUUCUCAAGAAUGUAUUUGUCGCCUCCUAUAUCAUGACCCUAUGCUACAACCGCCUUAAUCAAUAUUUAUAUUUCUUUCUUUUUAAAUUAUUCCCUCCUUCUUUCCUUUUUUCUCUUUCCCUCUCUACCUCCCUUAAUUCUUAUUUCUUUAACUUUUCUUUUCACCUUUCAAUCUUCUUUAUUUUUCCAAAAUAUGGCGUCGAUGACAAACCGUUUGUGAAAAAGCACCCUUUUUUCUUUAUUGGCUUUUCAGACGACCCAAAAUAA